CCUUUAUCACGAUAUUUGAGGCGCCGGUACACCUACUGGUCCCGACACGGUGUCAAAGGGCAUAAUUACGUGGACUUCUGGGAAUUUUUCACAAAGUUCACGGACAAUGUGAUGGUUGGCUACCAAAAGUUUGGCCGAAUAUACGGCUAUUACUUCUUUAUGAGUAACUGGCUGAUUGUGAACGAACCGCAACUCAUCCGGGAUAUUGUGGUCAAAGACUUUCACAUAUUUCCCAACAGAUAUGACAUGAAUUUAGGCGAAAGUAAGAUCUCGAAGGCUCUGUUCUUCAUGAAAGGGGACGACGAGUGGAAACGGAUCCGCUCUAUAGUCAGCCCUACCUUCACGACCGGCAAGUUGAAGGCAAUGAUGGCUCAUAUAUCGGAUAUCGCCGACCAGUUUGUCACCAAUUUGGGAGUGUAUGCGGAAAAUGGUGAAGUGGUAGAUAUGCGCAAGUACAUGGGUGCCUUUGCCAUGGAUGUGAUCAGCGCCUGUGCCUAUGGUAUAAACGUGGAGUCCAUUAGUAAUCCCAAUCAUCCCAUUGUAGUGAACGCUAAGAAGAUCCUAUCCGUGGACUCGAGCGUCAGUUAUAUCGUCUCUGUUUUGUUUCCACCGAUCGCUCGAUUCCUACGCUUAGAGCCGUUCGACAGAAAU